AUGGCGGAUUUGCAAAAUAAGAAGGCUGAUAUCACCUAUGCACAACUUUUUCAGAUGGCUCCAAAUAUGCGGAAAGAGGCGUUGAAGAUUCUACAUCCGGGUAGGGUGACUAAAGGAAAGCUUGCUGACUUUUGUCUGAAUCGUAGUGACGAAGCAUAUACAAUAUCGAUAUAUUGUGAUGCUCAAGUGAAUGGUCAACCGAUCAUUCUGAUCUUGGAUAGUGGAUCGUUCGGCUGUUUUGUUUCUGCUGGGUUCUUAAAAGACUCUGGGAUAAGAUUGACCGACUAUCGACAGGAUGGUGACAAAAAAAUAAAAGUGCCAACUGAGUAUUGUAAGCCGGCAAACAUUGGAGAUCGGAUUCCUCGGAACCUUGAAAAAGGAAAGGCAAAGAUAGAAGAGGAAGUCGAAAGUGCUAAUGAUGUCGAUGAUAGUAGUGAUGACGACAAAUUGAUAUUCAGUUAG